GGGCGGCAUGCGUGGAGAGAGGACGCAUGCAUGGUGUGCACAGUGUGCGGGGAGUGCACCGGAUAUUCCAUUGGGUGUUUGUCUGCUAUGGGAGCAGAGAGGAAUCCGGGACAGGAAUGUGGUUGUGGAGAAGGUGACAGCGGCUGUGCUAUAUGUGGUUGUUGCCGAAUAUGUGCUAGAGAAGUUGUCGAUAACUCAGAAUUAGCUGAUCUGGCUGGAAUGAUGAGGCUAGAUCUGAUCAUUCGCGAAAAAUCCUUACCUUCUAGGCAGCGAACUCGGUUGCAAGAACAGUUGCAGAGUCGAUUGGAAGAUAGGAAAAAUAAAAGCAAGAAAUUAGUUCAAGGAUCUAGCAAGCAAGUUUUGAAAAUGAAAGGUUCCAGACCAACAAAUAGUGUUUCACCGUUACACAGAGAUAGACAAAGCAAUUCUUUAUCAACCGUUAAAGAGCAGCAUGGUUCAGACGUAGAGAAAGAUACUGCUAGAAUGACGAGUCUACCACCGGCCAAAAUUCUGUUACCUACUGAUAGCUCUAUUGUGCAAGUUGCAUGCGGCUUACAUCACACUUUGCUGUUAACUCAAAAUGGACAGGUUUAUGCCUUUGGUUCUAAUCUUUAUGGUCAGUUGGGCUGUGGCGAUAUCCUGACCAAAAGUGCGAUACAGUUGGUGAACUUGCCGUGUACAGCUGUCCAAGUUGCCGCUGGCGGUAACCACUCGGUAGUGUUGACUUCCAAAGGGGAAGUCUAUACGUUCGGAAAUGGUCAGAAGGGACAACUAGGCCGAAAUCCAAGCCUAUCUCCUACCCAAGAUGUAAGCCAACCGGGAAACAGUUCGGGUGGGACAAGAUAUUCCGAUCCCAGAAGACCAUGGUACAGCGUUCCAGGUCUUAUACCUAACGUGGGGCCAAGGCACGGUCGCAGGGCUACCUGGGUUGGAGCGUCUGGGGACCAGACAUUUUUGAAGCUCGAUGAAAGUCUUAUCAAUGCUGUCAGUAUUUCCAAGUCGACUGUUACAGCCAAUAAGCAUUCGAUAGUAUUGUUGCCAAGUGAAGAAGAAACGGCGAAGAGCUUCAGAUGCCUGGUGAUUAAUAAACGUGACGGUAACUGUAAUGCUUUCAAAGGACAAGAUCAAGUGCUUUUCACUCACAAAGCCGUUUGCCUUGACCACAUCUAUAAUGUUCUUUGGUCUUUCAGUCCAAAGAAUAACGAGUUCGCGUGUUACAAUGUCAUUGCUAGCGAGCUGCAAACGAAGACUGUCAUCAAGACUACUGAUAACCGAUUGCUUUGCGAUGUUAAGGUAGUAUACGAUGCAAAAGGGACAACAAGUUUUCACAGCUGUACUCAAUUCUGUCUCCUGAAUUGGCACUUCCCGUGACUACGAAUUGUCACGUGACUAGAUUCCAAGCAGCCAUCAAUUUGCUUUGCUGUUUGGACAUAUUAACUAUUGCCCAGGAGCUACAGCUAACGACCGUACAUGAAAAUGUAAACGAAAGGCAGUUAAUUUCGGGAAAGCAGUACUCGAAGGAGGAUUUCCAAGCUGUCAACAGAUUUGAAAGUCACGGUGGAGGAUGGGGGUAAAUUUUAAAAUGAAGUCUUACGUAACUUAUUGAUAAUAUUUUCAUUUGCAUCUUGCAUGGCGGUGACAUUUGGAGGGUGUUGCUCUGUGGACUAUCAUAAGUGAUACAGC